AUGCCCCCAAGGCUCAAUCCCCUGGCGGCCAGGAAGGCCCUGCUCACUAUUCGCCAGCCAUCAUCGAUAUCAACAUCUCUCUCCAUUUCCGGUAGCAAUGGUUCGACUACAUCGCGUCGGAGUAUGAUGACUACGACUCUCAACGCCGGGAGACUCAACCCCGGCUUUAGCGUUCUUGGAUCUUUGGACAAACAGCAGCGGAGACUGAAUUCGUCAAACUCGGACCCAGGAAACCAGCCAGAACAGAAGGAGACGGUACAUCAUCUUACACCGGAGGAGGGAGCGGAGAUCGAGGAGGGAAUCAAGAAAUCGGAGGGGACUCCUGGAUCUCCGGAACAAGAGCAAGGAUCCCCUAUUUCGGAGGUCCUUAAGCGAGACGAGAAGGCGAAACAGUACGCUCCCAAGGUGAUGCAAGAUCAGAUGCAAGGACCCAAGGGUUCUCGCUCUUUUUCCACAUCUUCACAGUCCCGAAAACAAGAAUUGCAGGGGAACCAGCCAUCUCCUGACGAUGUCUCGGCUGCCGUGGUCGCCAAUAUGAUUUCCAAGGCUAUCGAGGAGAAAGCCGAAGAGCUACAGGAGCCAGGUAUCAAGUUCCAUAUGCCCCAACACCCUUUGCCCAAGACGGAAAACUUCCGGACACGAUACGAUUCAUUGUUGGAGCAGUUUACCAAACUGCUCAUGCGUGAUGGGAAGCUGAGUAAGGCGCAAAAGGAUAUGUCAUUUAUCCUGGAUCAUUUGCGAACCGCCUCGCCGCCUUCAAUCAACCCCAAACGUCGUCUUCUUCCCGGUCCGCCGGCUCCCCAAUUGCCUCUGAACCCAGUCCUCUAUCUCUCUCUGAUUGUAGACUCUGUCGCACCUCUGAUCAAGAUCCGACAACAGAAAGGUAUUGCUGGCGGUGGUGCUGCUUUGCAGAUCCCAGUUCCACUGUUCCAAAGACAGCGUCGCAGGACCGCAAUCCGAUGGAUCAUUGAUGCUUCGGAUAAGCGCCGUGAUAGCAAAUUCGCCCUGAGGGUCGCGAACGAGCUGAUUGCCGUCGCUGAAGGCCGUAGUGGCGUGUGGGAGAAAAGGGAGCACGUGCACAAGAUUGGUGUCGCAGGUCGCUCGAAUCUCGGAGUGUUUGCUCGUAGAUAG